UCACCCGGCGCAUUGCAGCGCAAUGGUUAAUGCAGGAUGCAGCUGGGCUGCUGAGGAAGAGGAAAUGGCAGCAGGAACACGGAGUGGCCAAGGCCAGGGGCGGCCCCAUGGGGCCCCAACAGCAGCAGGAUCCGGUCAUUGAGGGAUCCGGUCACUGUAGGGCCGAGUUGUGGGGUCGGGUGUGGGCAGGAGACGUGGGAUGGAGGAGGGCCAGGCCGGGCAGAGCUCCCCACUGCAAGCCUUGAAGGACAAGGAAAGGGGCAAGGAUGAGGAUGAAGAUGAGGAUGAAGACACAGCAGGGGAUGAGGAGCACGUCACAGCGCUGCUGGCCUGCACAGACCCCCACAGCACUCAGCAUCUGCCCCAUAGAGAGGAAGAAGAGCACUCAGGCUGCACCAGCAGCCCCUGCCCAGAUGGGCAGCAGCCUCGUGGGCUUGAUAGCACCGGGAUAGAAGCCCCCCACCCCGACCUGUUUGCAGCCCUGCAACACGCUGUCAGCUCAUUGGAACGCGCCGUCAUCUCCCGGCAUCGCUGCACGCCGGCACCGCCAGCAGAGUGGGCACAGAGCCUGGAGGAGCUGCAGCGUGUGGCAGGGACGUGGCAGGGACCAGAGAGGGGAGAGGGGCUGCUGGAGGCUGCGGAGAGGAAUGCAGAGCUGAGGGCAGCACUGGGGGAGCGUGAUGAGGAGCUGAGCCGCACCAUGGAUGCACUGCAGGCGUUGCAGGGGGAGCGGGAGAGGCUGCAGGGGAAGGUGGGUGUGGGGCUGCACCAUUGGGAGCCCCAUGGUUUGGGGCCUGGGCUCAGCACGGUGCUCAUACAGGUGUGGGAGCUGCAGGAGGCUCUGGCCAGGCUGGAGGGGACGGGUGGUGCUGGAGGUGACGCCGUGGGGCUGAGCAGGGCACCAGGAGCAGGGGACCCCCAGGACUACGACAAAGCUCAGCCCCACAGCGCUCAGCCCCACAGCCCACUCUCCCCCCAGCCCUCAGAGGGUGCCAGUCAGGAGCUGGAGGAGAGGAUGCAACAGCUACAGGGGCAGAUGGAGAGGUUGAAGGAGGUGAACCAGCAGCUCUCAGCUGCUCUACGUGACUGCAAGAGCGAUUCGGAGCAGCUCAGCAUGGUGCUGGGGCAGCACGAGUCCUGCAGCAGCGCUCUGCACAUGGCACUGCACAGCAGUGAGCGCUGUGUGGACGCCUAUGCUGCACUGCUGGAAUGGAUGUGGGCGAAACUGGGUAAGGAUGGGCACGGACCCGGUGAUGGAGCUACAGGGGAGCACAGCUGUGGGUCCAGCCCCACACAGAGGCUGGGCCAAGCAGGGCCAAAAAGACAGGAGGAAAGCGGGGUCAUCUCCUUCCCCGAGCUGCACAGGUACCCCAUCCCCAUCCCCAGGGCAUCCCUGUGCCCUAUGCACACCUCACUGCCCCAUCCAUAUAGCAGUCAUGGGUCAGAGGAGGGUGCCCUGCGUGAGGCCAUCCAACAGCUGCGUGCAGAGCAGGCAGCCGUGCAGCUUUCCCUGCGCCACGUCCCCGUGCCCAGCCGUGCCCCGUCCCAUUGUGGUGAGGAUGCUUGUGCCCGUGCUGAGCGUGCUCUGCGGGAUGCUCGAGCCCUCCUGCAUGGAUGGAGGCGGCCAGAGAGAGCGGAGCUGCUGCGGGAGAUAGCAGAGCUGAAGGAGGCCAUGGCCGAGCUGAAGAUGCAGCUGCAGUUGGCAGAGAGGGAGAAGAGAGGCCUGGAGGUGCUGGCAGCUGCACAAGGCCCACGGGAGGCAGCUCUGCGCCUGGUGCUGCAUCACAUGGAGCAGGAACAAGGGGCUCACAGCUCCCCCAGCAGCUCCAGCAGCAGCGAGGAGGAUGCCCCGAUGGGAGCAGCAGCACCGCAGCGCCCUGCGGACCCAGAGAGGAAGGCGCAGGAGCUGCAGCGUGCGUUGGCACGCAUCAAGCAGCUGCAGGCCCGAGCACAGGCCCUGGUGCUGUCCCUGGAGCAGAGCAGUGCAGUCAGUCGUGCACAGUACGAGCAGUGUGUCAGUGUCACCAGGGAGUCCUUCCAUGCUCACAGUGAUGCCAUGCCCACAGUGCUCUGGCCCUGGCAUACCGCAGUGCCCGGCGCAAGCAGGCAGCACAGCUGCAGCACCUGGAGGCACAGGCAGGAGCCAUGCAGCAGCAGCAGGCGCAGCGCAUGCAGGCAUUGGCACGACGGCUGCAGGCCCUGGAGCAGCACAAGGCUGGUGGUGAGACCUGCAUUUAGGGACACAGGCUGUGUCUAUGGGGACAAUAAAGUGCUGAUGCUCGUGGCUGUGGCUUGGCCCCAUUGGGGUUGGAUGGGGGGGCUGUGGGGUCGGCUCAUCCCCGUAACAAAGCCAUCCCUCCCCUCCAGUGGCCCCAUGGUGUAGAUGAAGCCGUUGGGUUGGCCCUGAAGUGGGAUCAAAGGUGACAGCAUGCAACUCCAUGCAUAUUCAGGAGGAAGAAGAGCAGUGACCCCGCACAGGGUCGGGGGCUGUGGGGGGGAGUGGGGCUGGAGGCGGCCAUGCAGCCCCCACAGCCAUGAGGGCCCAGCAGAAGUGGGGUGAAGAUGCACGUGGGGCUGUGGGAUGUGUGGGGCA